AUGGUCCAGUAUUUGGGUUUGAAGAAAAUACCUUCAAAAAAUACAGUGAUAGGUGUAGGUGGUCAGAAAAGUACUACGUCGACUGCCAAAGUAGUAGUCACGAUUGGCUCUAGAGUCGAUCCAACCUUCAGAUUGCAGGUGCACGCUUACGUUCUUAAGUCAGUCACGGGCCUUCUCCCAGCUACCAGGGUAACCAGGGUAGAAUGGGUAGACUUAGACGACAACGAGUUAGCUGAUCCCGAAUAUUUUAGGCCUAAUAAAAUUGACAUUUUAUUGGGUGCUGAAAUAUACAGCCAGGUUAUUCGGGAUGGUUUAAAGAAGAACUUAAGCGGGACGCUCUUAGCGCAAGGCACCGCUUUAGGCUGGAUAUUGUCGGGGGCGGUCGAAGUAGACAAUGAUCCUAACAUUCAGUCACAUAUUGCCGUGAUGCAUUCUAGUGUCCAAGAUGAUGAUAUUAUGUUGCGAAAAUUUUGGGAGUUAGAGGCGGAACCAUCUGGAACAAAAAAGAUGCUCACGGAGGAUGAAGUCAAAUGUGAACAAUUGUUUACAACUUCUACAUUGCGUAAUGAAGCAGGAAGGUACAUCGUAAGAUUACCUUUGCGGGAUGAAGAGCUGGUUGGUAAGUAUGGCGAGUCAAAAGCUAUAGCUGAAAAAAGACUGAAAAGCUUAGAAUUAAAAUUAGGAAGGAAUGAUAAAUUAAAACAAGAUUACAAAAAGGUCAUACAUGAAUAUUCAGAAUUGCAGCAUAUGGAAAAGGUAUCACAGGAUAAAAGAAAAUGUAAAGAAGCUAUAUACUUACCACAUCACGCUGUCAUCCGCGAAGACAGGGAUACGACCAAGGUGCGAGUCGUAUUCGACGCUUCCUGUAAGGGUUCAAAUGGGAUGUCACUUAAUGACAAUUUGUUGAUUGGACCUCCCUUGCAGGCAGAACUUCGCCAUAUUAUUAUGCGCUGGAGAUCAUAUCAAAUAUGUUUGGUUGCCGAUAUAGUUAAAAUGUAUCGGCAAGUUUUAGUUAACCGGAAGGACACAAUAUUUCAGCGCAUACUUUGGAGGGAUAAUCCUGAAAAUGAAAUAGAAGAGUACGAACUGAUGACGGUAACAUUUGGUACUGCAUCAGCACCAUACUUGGCGGUUCGCGCUCUUCACCAAGUGGCUUAUGAUGAGUGUGAAUUUAAUCCUGAAAUAAAGAAAAUUAUAUUAAAUGACUUCUACAUGGACGAUCUGAUGACUGGAGCUGAAAACAUAGAAAAGGGCUUUAAAAUCUUCACAGAAAUGAAUGAUAUUUUGAGUAGAGCUGGAUUCAAAUUGCAAAAGUGGAUGACUAAUAGUAAAGAAUUAUUAAAUAAUAUAAGAGAUGAGAAAAAACCUACAGAUGAAGAGUUACUAAUAAAAAUGGAUGAGAUAUCGAAAAUAUUAGGACUUAUCUGGAAUUCACGCAAAGACACGUUUCAAUACUCUCUGAAACUCCCGACGAUGACUGCACCGCAAUCUAGUUGCAAUCCAGAGUUAGCAGAAUACCUCGCCAAUAAUGGUACGGAGUGGCAUUUUAUUCCGCCUCACGCGCCCAACUUUGGAGGCUUAUGGGAGGCAGGAAUAAAGUCCACCAAGCACCACCUUAAACGGGUGAUAGGAAACUCUACCUUGACAUACGAGGAGAUGGCCACCGUGCUGGCUCAAAUUGAGGCGUGCCUCAAUUCAAGGCCAUUGUCUUACGUGGAGGACCAAGAAGAUGAUGCAGGAUUUUUGGCGGCGUUGGUCUAA